UUUACUUUCGAGUUUGAUACCUCGACUGUGUCAGACCAGAAGCAUCAAGACAGUAACAAAAAUAAUUUGUUAAUCUGUUAAUUUAGACCUGGUCUGUAGUUUUAGAGAUCAGCAGCAACGUUAUGGAAGAAAACCUGGAACAAACAUCAGUCAUUGAAGCAACAAAGUGUUGAAGCUGAUGAAGGAGAAAAACUAACAGAGAGUCCAGUUGUUCCUCAUACUGACUGAUGUUGUUCCUGAUGUCCUGCUGCCUCUCCUCCUCCUCCUCUUCCUCUCUCAGGAUGAAGAUGAUCUCCCUGCUGCUCCUCAUCCUCAGCUCAUGUCUCUGUGCAGCAACAUUUGUAGUGAAUGUGACCCAGAGCAGCUAUGAGGCCGAGGAGAACCACAGCAUCACUCUGGAGUGGACCUUCACCUCCAGGACUCAGGGAUCCUUCAGGGAACUGUCCAUCUACUGCAGCUUGUUGAGUCCUCAUAAAGAAUCCGUUCUCUAUCAGGUCCAUGAUGGAGUUGAGCUUCCAGAUUCUCAGGACGAACAUUUUUCAGGACGAGUCCAGAUUGACAAAGACGUCCUCAGAGAAGGACGAAUCAGACUCCAUGUGUCUAGACUGAGGACUGAAGAUUCUGGUCUGUAUCUGUGUGACAUGAAAACUGAAGAUGGAAUCAACUCUGCAACAUGUCGACUCAACGUUUCUGCUGCUGCUGAUCAGCUUCAACCUCCAACUCAGAAUCUACAACCAGACAGACGAGGAAGAAUCGGAGUUCUUGUUUUACUGGGACUUUUUGUUCUUGUUGUUUUUAUGUUCGUUUCCAAUUUUGAAAAGCAAACUAGGAAGAAAAUGUCUUUCUAAUCAAACAGAUGUUUAGUUUCUCUGAGAAAUGACGCCUGGACUCUAAAAACACUGAUGUAAAUAUGUAAUGAAGAAAAACAUCCAUCCAUUUUCUUAACGUUUUUCCCUGAUGGGUCAAAAAUGGCGGCUGGUAAAUGUCUCCAGAGGUCAACUGGGGAGAGACGGGUCACCCUGGACAGGUUGUCAGUCCAUCACAGGGCAGAAGAAAAACAUAAGACCUUAUUUAUUAAAAGCUUAUUAUUGUUAAAAGAAUA